AUGAGGCCUUCAAUGGUUAUUGUUUAUUUUAUCACCCUCGCGAUCAUCGUAGGAGGCGAGAUCAGGAUUCGCGGUAAAGUAAGAAAAAGGCACAAUGUACAUCGGAGGCACAGGGCCAUAUUGCCGCCGUGCAAUUUCAAUGAAAGCCUUAUCGAGGACGAAUGGUCGUUGAUGGAAGCGAUAGGCCAUUCGAAGUUUAUUUUUACAGGUAAAGUUUUAAGUGUGAGAAAAUACAGAUCGGAACGCGACAGUCGUAAGAAGAGAUCUAAUCUAUACACAAUAUAUUUGCGGCGUAUUUUAAAGGGGGAGGAUAGAGAUUUUACGAUAUUUCUAAAGCAAGAUGGAUCGGGUAGUUUGAGCGGCUCUACAUUGUUAGUGGAGCGGCCUCACGCAAGAGAGAAUUGCGCGGCUGGACCAAGGCCGCGGCUAUCUGCAAUCUUUUUAAGUGAUGGGGUGUUUAAGGAAAACGAAAGAGGAUCUGCGCCGCGUCUGAGGCUAUUGACUGACCCCAUACCGCUGACGCUUUAUCAUUUAGACAGGAUCAAUGCAGCUGUUAAAGGUAAGAACAUACUUUUUUAA